AUGAUGUCCAGGCAGUCUGUUGAGCUUAAUGACAAAGCCGCUUUGGCCCCGGACAAAGACAAUAUGAAACUCGACAUCGCAAAGCUCACAGCUUUCCUGGUGGCCAAUUCCACAGGCACCGGCGUUCUUAUUUGCCCUGGCGGCGGCUAUAGCCAUGUCUCUAUUGUCAAGGAAGGCUACAAACCGGCGGCAUACCUCAAUGAACUUGGUAUCGAUGCGUGGGUUCUCGAUUAUACCACGACCCUUAAUGCCACUGCACCCAUCUAUCCCAAACCCGAGAAUGAGGUCUUUGCUGCUCUCAAGAAGAUACGCCACGAGAACCCCAAGAUAGACAAGCUUGGUAUUUGGGGCUUCUCAGCAGGCGGUCACCUUGCAUCCACAACCCUCACCAACCCCAACGCUGGCCUGGAUUUCGGCAUUCUCGCGUAUCCUGUUAUUACCUUGGAAGGCAACUAUACGCAUGCCGGCUCUCGCGACAAUCUCGUCGGGCCUAACGCGACAGCCGAGGAAUUGCACGAUUUAUCAGCGCAGAACUUGGUCUCUGACACAACGCCUCCGACGUUUUUGUUCCAUACCUUCGACGACCAAGCGGUUCCGGUGCAAAACACUCUCAUGUUUGCUGAAGCCAUGGCAGCUCAUAAGAGAAAGGCUCAGGUUUUGAUUCUACCAGAUGGUCCCCACGGUCUCGGGUUGGCUCUUGAUGACCCUGUACGCAGUUGGACAUCCGAAUUAACACGAUUUCUGACAUAUUCGAUCUAG